AUGUUGUAUUUUAAUAAAUUCACAAUGUUUAUCUUUGACUGGUUCACUGGAGUCCUUGGAUUCUUGGGAUUGUGGAAGAAAUCUGGCAAGCUACUAUUCCUGGGGCUAGACAAUGCUGGCAAAACAACACUCUUACAUAUGCUGAAGGAUGACAGAUUGGCACAGCAUGUACCCACCCUUCAUCCUACGUCCGAGGAGCUGUCGAUAGGCAACAUGCGCUUCACGACGUUCGACCUGGGCGGGCAUCAGCAAGCGCGGCGCGUGUGGCGCGACUACUUCCCGGCGGUGGACGCGAUCGUGUUCCUAGUGGACGCGUGCGACCGCGCCCGCCUGCCCGAGUCGAAGGACGAGCUCGACUCGCUGCUCACCGACGAGACGCUGAGCAACUGCCCCGUCCUCAUCCUCGGCAACAAGAUCGACAAGCCGGGCGCCGCCAGCGAGGACGAGCUGCGCCAGUUCUUCAACCUCUACCAGCAGACCACCGGCAAGGGCAAAGUAUCUCGGUCUGAGCUUCCCGGCAGGCCAUUGGAGCUGUUCAUGUGCUCAGUGCUGAAGCGCCAGGGCUAUGGCGAGGGAUUCCGCUGGCUGGCCCAGUACAUUGAC